AUGAAAUAUAAAAAUCUUAAGUUGCAACUUAAAAUAGAAAGAAUCAAUUAAAAAUAUUCCAACCAAGUAAACAAAUUUUAAUUUAAUCUUAAAAAUAGUUAAAUGUUUUUUGGAACUUUAAAUAUCUCCCUUGAUUAUUAGAUAUAUAUUUUGAAGGAAAAAUAAGUAAGAAUGCAAGCAAGCAAACGAAAGAGCACUUUUUGA